AUAAAGAAGAAGACCGGUGCGUAGUUCGCUGUCAUAAUAGAAAGUUGAGUGCUCUGGGAUUCGUUUAGUUUUGGUUAGUGUGUUUGGGGAGUUAUUCAUCUACAAAAGUGAUCACUUUGAUCCAGUUACACGUUUCAAAUGAAUAUUCACGGAGUUCCGCAACCAAUAAUGGGUCCUGGUGGGAUGCCAAACGUUGGAGUCUCGCCGGGUAUGAUGCAGCAAAGUUCCCCACAACAAGCGCCGCAAAUGCAAACCGUCAUGAACCAACAGCAAAUGCCGCAGCAGCAGCAACAACAGCCGCAACCGCAGCAGCAAGCCGAGAAAAUGGAUAACAUUUCGAAAAUCAAGAGUUUGGUGGGGCCACUCCGCGAGUCGUUCUACGCCACGUUCAAGUCGGCCGCGGUAGUCCUGCAGCAAAGCAACCUCUCCGAUGACUUGAAGAAGAUAAACAACACCCCGACGGCGCGAUACGACAAACAUUUGGAGGAAUUCUAUUCGAUUUGUGACCAGAUCGAGCUUCACUUGAAAACUGCCGUCCAGUGUAUUCAACAACUCUCCUCAGCUCAGCACUACUUGCCCCAACCGGUGGCGUCCAGUAGAAUGGAGCCCUAUCCGCAGCCCGAGAACGCGAAUGCGCCGAUUUCGUACCCUCAGUACUUGGCCACUGUGCGCUCGCACAUCAGCUCGGCCAAGGAGAUCCACGACACGCUCAUUAGCGCUGCCCAGAAUAUUUCACAAACUGACUGAUAAACUGAUCUACGCCGCCAAGUGCGCUGGGAAGUUUUUUUUUAAGUGGAAUUAAGGAUAAAUGCUAGCUUCACCGAAAGGCGAAGGGACUGAAUGUAGUGGGAAUAUGUUGUCAUUUGCAGUUUCCAUAAAAAUUAAAUAAAUAUUGUGAUAUGAAUA